AUGCUUCUGGAGCUUGAUUUGAACGAGUACCUCCGCGUGGAACUAGAACGAGUUCAAGAAGAAGAAGAAGGCCAAAAAAGUCGAAAACAGACGGAACUCCAGCUGAAAAUGAUCGAUAAACGGGCGGUGAAGGCGGCGGCGCUGGCCCGGAAAGUGCUGAGAUGGCCGAUCGGACAGACUCCGCCCACGCAAAUAGUCUAUUUGAGGGCAGAGGAAGAGCUUCUGAUCAGUGGGCCCACCUCCGAAAUGAGCAUUCCCCUAGCGUACGUUAUUUGAAAAAUUUUAUAGCGAGUUUUCAAACAGAAAUGUUGCACAGCGUUUCGUUUUUUCAGAAAAUCGAAGAUCGAUUCGCUGACGGCGACGGCAAUCGCCCGUUCGGGAACGUCGUCGAAGGCGAAGACAUUCAGUGCGUUCGCGGUGAAUCCGAUCGAGAUUUUCGACGUGCGUUCGAUCGCGAAAGCCGUGCAGAACGUAGUCGAAACGCCGGAGAAAGAGAAGAAGUGGAAGCAGUUGGCGGAGAAAUUAACGGAGCAUUCGCCUUUGGGAGAGGCGAGCGGCGCCCUUUCGGCCGUCGAACAAGUGCAAUUCGUGGAGGCCGUCCGGAAGUACGUGGAUGACGUGGAUUCGGACGAGGGGGCGGUCGGGGUACUGCUGAUGGCCGUCGCCAAAUCCAGAAUUCUCACCUUCAAAAACGAGGACGUGUUCUUGCGAAUGUGCGUGGCGAAGGAGAAGCAGGGAGUUGUGGAGGCCGUCCUUUUCGACUCUUCCCGCGUCGUUUCCGAAUACAUUUUGGCCGAACUCCUCAAAUUGGCCUCCACGAAAAAGAAUGCCGAAGAACGUUUCGAACAAGUUGUCAAGGUAAGGGGAUUUGACAGAGUUUAUAUGAAAAUAUGUUGAGAUUUGUUGUGUCCGUAGGGACGACUCUUAGAGGAAGCUCGGACUUCUAGCUAGAGAGUUUAUUAAGAACUGACGAGUAUCACCAAAGUGAACUCUUGAUUAUGAGAACACUCGGAAAAGGUCACGUAAAUACACAACAUCUCUCCCCCUUUAAAGUUCAAAGUUCUACUUUGGAGACUUCUUCGUCGCACCCAUCUUCGGCUCAGGAUCUUCCUGGAUUUCUUCCAUGAACGCUUGCAUCCAGGGACUAUUCAUGUUGAUCGAAUCGAUUCCUAGAAUCGAAGCCGUGGCGCCGACAUUCGCUUUUCCACGAUACACGUAGCUUCUCCAUUUGAAGUUGCACUCGAAACUUCUCAUAAUCUUCAUCGGCUUCUUGUCGACCGUGAGAAUCUUCUCUCUCGCCGCUUUCAGUCGUGGCUUCCCGAUCUUCUCCCAGUCGCUGACCACUCACCUGACAUGGGAUGUUUGAGAAACGCCAAGACAUUUUUCCGACCUGGUCGGAUUGAAAUUUCCGAACCAGCGGCAACCAUAAGACCCCUCCCUCAACUUGGGGCAGCCUAACAACCUCCUACACUCGCUUGUCCCGAACUGCCGGCGCCCAACAACUCAAAACACCUAUGGAAAUAAAAAAUUCAUUUUUUCUAAUGUUUUUCAAAAUAGAAAUUUGCAGGUACUCUCGCGAAAUUACUCGAAACGCUCGAUGAAGGAGGCGGUGGGACAAGUGCUGAGCGCGGCGGAGUCCGUGGAAAUAAUGCAGGUGCUGACCGAGGUGUACAGGCAAAGCGUCGUCGUGACCGACGAUGAUGAUGGCGUGGCGGAUCGGAGCGGAAAGGCGUUGGCGCUGAUCACGGUGCUCAUGGACGCGCACGGAUCGCGCAUUGUGUACGAGGACAAACUGCACACAAAGUUCGCCGCCGUCAGCAACUUUUUGAUCGAAAUGGUACGUUGACAAAUAAAUAGCGGGCUUUUCGAGAGUCUAUCUGGGUUUGAACAAUUUUGGGCCUCUUGCAAUAUUCCGAUCGGACCCAAACUUUACAGGCUUUGUAGUCUCGGAUUGAAGAUUGAAAGGACCAAGUUUCAGCCUGAUCGGAUUGUCCCAAGAUAUGUAGAUUUGAAGCCGAAAAUUUCGGUCUUUUCGGCCUCAGAUCAGAUGAUCAUAUAUCCGGACCAGAUAAUCCGAUCGGUCUGGAACUUGGACCCAAGAUGCUUCAAUCCAAGAACAGAAAGCCUGCAAAGUUUGGGUCCGGUCGGAUCACUUUAAGUGAGUCAAAAGUCCAGGCCUUCCAAUUUAUAUCCCUUCAUUUUUUGCAGCAAUCCCUAAUCGGAACGUACUCGCGUCUGGAGGCGGCAGUCGAAGAAUGCGCGGAUCAGAUCCCGGCCAACAACGUCGUCAUUGAAAUUUUCCCCACCGCCCAUCCGAUGGUUUGGUAG